AUGGCGGAGCCAGAAAAUAACCCCUAUAGCCUGGGGAGCAAUCUGGAGGAGAUUUGUAGCCCGGGCGGGCUACAAAUCCUGGCUCCGCCAGUGGUCGUGGCCUCCACCAUCCCUGGGUACUUCGUGACCAUCUACUUCAUCGACCGGACCGGGCGGAGGCGGAUCCAAUUGUGCGGCUUCUUCUUCAUGAGCAUCUCCCUCUUCUCCCUGGUGAUCCCAUACGACAAGUACUGGAAGCAGCACUUCAACGCCGGGUACAUAAUCCUCUAUUCCUUGACGUUCUUCUUCUCCAACUUCGGCCCCAACACGACCACUUUCAUCGUGCCGGCAGAGCUGUUCCCGGCAAGGCUCCGGUCGACGUGCCACAGGAUGUCGAGGGCGGCCGGAAAGAUGGGGGCCAUCACCGGCGCCAUAGGGUUCCUCUGGGCGUCGCAGAGCAAGUAG